AUGCCAGCACCAGACUCUCUGCUCACACCAGAAACCAUUAAUACCACCCAUAACACUACUGAGUUUUUGGCACUCUCCGUUGCCGCCUAUUUUGGCCUUUCAUCUCCCCGCACCCUCCGACUUAUUGGCUUCAUCGAAAAUCAACAGGUCACAAUCUUGGUCGACUCUGGUAGUACCCACAACAUCCUUCAACCAUGUAUUGCGUCACUCCUACGCCUACCGACAACACCCAUUAAACCCUUCUCGGUCAUGGUGGGUAAUGGUGAACAUCUCCAAUGCAAUGGUUUCUUACCUCAGGUGCCGGUCACGUUAAAUAAACAUGUGUUUCACACUCCUUGUUAUGUCUUACCCAUUGAAGGUGCUGACUUGGUUUUGGGUAUGGAAUGGCUCGCAUCUCUCGGACCCGUUAUGGCCGAUUUCUCUAUACCUUCUCUUACCUUCAACAAAGAUGGCCAACAGUGUAUUCUACAAGGUGACUCCUUUAACUCUUUGGUCUCCCCUAGUUCCUUAUCAUCCUUAAUGCGUCACACAUCUGUUGCAUCCCUCCACACGAUGGUUUUUCAACACCAGCCUGGUACCCCACCUUCCAUAACACCACUGACACACCCCAACCCAACCAUCCAACACUUACUACAUACAUAUAGCCAAUUGUUCGAUACCCCUCACGGAUUACCGCCUCCCAGACCACAUGACCACUUCAUUCCCACUCUACCCAACGCCAAACCAGUAAAUGUUCGUCCAUACCGCUACCCCCACUACCAGAAACAAGUGAUGACUGAAUUAAUCACGGAGAUGUUACGCGAGGGAAUCAUCCAACCGAGCCACAGCCCUUACUCAUCUCCCGUCCUUUUGGUCCAGAAAAAGGAUGGGUCCUGGCGCUUUUGUGUCGAUUAUAGAGCCUUCAACGCCAUUACAAUCCGCGAUCGCUUUCCCAUUCCAACCGUUGACGAAUUACUAGAUGAAUUACAUGGUGCAACGAUCUUCUCUAAGAUCGACUUACGAGCAGGUUACCAUCAAAUACGGGUGGCACCUUGUGAUGUCGGUAAAACGGCGUUUCGGACCAUUGACGGGCAUUACGAAUUUUCGGUAAUGCCAUUCGGCCUCACGAAUGCCCCGUCAACCUUUCAAUCAGCUAUGAAUGAUCUCUUCCGUCCAGUUUACGACGUUUUAUCUUAG